AUGAAUAGAUUAGAUAAGAUAAAGGAUGACAAACAUAAUAAAGGAAACUGUAAUAAUCAAAAUAAAAUUUUAGAGCUGGACUUGGAUUACCUUGAACGUGGAGGGGGUGGAACUUUAGCGGUAGGGGGAAGCCCCAGCGUGGAGCCGAGCCCCGAUAGCCUGGACCUGGUCAAAGUGGUUCUUCUUGGGGCACCUGCUGUGGGGAAGACUAGCAUCAUUCAGCAAUUCGUGUGGAGCGAUUUCUCCGAAGAAUAUGUGCCAACUGACCGGAAACAUACUUUUUAUCCAUCUGUAAUAAUAAACGAACAUCUAUAUGAGGUGAAAAUAACAGACGUGCCAGUUAUCCCCUAUUUUCCCAUUAAUUCGUAUUACGAAUGGGCCCACUACCGAUUUUACGGACUUCGAAAUGCCACUGCCUAUAUACUUGUCUUCGAUCUUUCCAAUGUCGAAACCUUUCAAUAUAUUAGAACGUUGAGAGAUCAAAUGGUUGAGAGCAGAGACAUGAGGAACGUUCCCGUUCUUGUGGUUGGCAAUAAGCAGGAUUUGUUAUGCAGCGCCGCGCCUACAGCUGCCAGUGGUUUGCAGCAGUUGGCAAUGGCGGAGAGUGCGUGUGGUGAUUCUCGUGAAAAGCGAAGAAACAUAGUUAAUCUUGUGCGUAAGCAUUGGAAGUGUGGCUACGUUGAGUGUUCGGCAAAGUAUAAUUGGCGAGUCAUUGCUGUGUUUAAGGAGUUGAUGGAGAUGAUUGAUGCGCUAGAGUGUACUGGUGGGGUCAGGAGUGCUGAACCUCCCCCUGAGUCAUCAACAGGGCAAGCGAAUGAGAAUCGAUGUGCGGUUGCUUAG